AUGGAGAAAUCAAGUGGAAGAGAGCCCAUUGCUCUGUCCACAAUGGAGACUGGCAUAGAGAACCCAGGGCUGGAGCUCAUGGAAGAAGAAGUAAAGCCUGAGGGAAGCAGGAAGACCGAAGCCCCAGGACACAGCCUCGGGGAUGGGCUGGACCCUCCUUCCACUCACCAGAGGAAUCAAUGGCCCUUCACCAAGGCAAGAAGUUUCUGCAAAACAUAUGCCAGCUUCUUCAAGAAGAUCCUGUUGGGCCUGUUGUGUUUGGCCUAUGCUGCCUACUUCCUGGCAGCUUGCAUCUUGAAUUUCCAAAGGGCACUGGCCUUGUUUGUCAUCACUUGUUUUGUCAUCUUUGUCCUGGUUCACCGCUUUCUGAAAAAACUCUUUGGCCAAAAAUUAACAAGCUGUCUGAAGCCUUUUGAAAACUCCCGCCUGAGGUUUUGGACAAAAUGGGUGUUUGCAGGAGUCUCCUUGGUUGGCCUUAUACUGUGGCUGUGUCUAGACACAGCCCAAAGGCCAGAGCAGUUGAUCUCCUUUGCAGGAAUCUGCAUGUUUGUCAUCAUCCUUUUUGCCUGCUCCAAACAUCACCGUGCAGUGUCAUGGAGGACAGUGUUUUGGGGCCUGGGCCUUCAAUUUGUCUUUGGGAUCUUGGUCAUCAGAACUGAUCCUGGAUUUAUUGCGUUUCAGUGGCUGGGAGAGCAGGUUCAGAUUUUCCUGAACUACACUGUGGCUGGCUCCAGUUUCGUCUUUGGAGAUACACUUAUCAAGGAUGUCUUUGCUUUUCAGUCCUUACCAAUCAUCAUUUUCUUUGGAUGCAUUAUGUCCAUUCUCUACUACCUGGGCCUUAUGCAGUGGGCAGUUCAGAAGGUUGCCUGGUUUUUGCAAGUCACCAUGGGCACCACUGCCACAGAGACCCUGGCUGUGGCAGGAAACAUCUUUGUGGGUAUGACAGAGGCACCUCUGCUCAUCCGUCCCUACCUUGGAGACAUGACGCUCUCUGAAAUCCAUGCAGUGAUGACUGGAGGGUUUGCUACCAUUUCAGGCACUGUGUUGGGAGCCUUCAUAUCCUUUGGGGUUGAUGCAUCAUCCUUGAUUUCUGCCUCUGUGAUGGCUGCCCCUUGCGCUCUCGCCUUAUCAAAGCUAGUAUAUCCCGAAGUGGAGGAGUCCAAGUUCAAGAGUGAGGAGGGGGUAAUACUGCCUCGUGGGAAAGAGAAGAAUAUCCUGGAAGCUGCCAGCAGUGGAGCCACAGAUGCCAUAGGCCUUGCUACUAAUGUAGCAGCCAACCUGAUCGCUUUUUUGGCUGUGUUGGCCUUCAUCAAUGCUGCCCUCUCCUGGCUGGGGGAACUGGUGGACAUACAGGGGCUCUCUUUCCAGGUCAUCUGCUCCUAUAUCCUAAGGCCCAUGGUUUUCAUGAUGGGUGUAGAGUGGACAGACUGUCCAAUAGUGGCUGAGUUGGUGGGAAUCAAGUUCUUCACCAAUGAGUUUGUGGCCUAUCAGCAACUGUCUCAAUACAAGAACAAACGUCUCUCCGGAGUGGAAGAGUGGAUCGAGGGCGAGAAACAGUGGAUUUCUGUGAGAGCUGAAAUCAUUACAACAUUUUCACUCUGUGGAUUUGCCAAUCUUAGUUCCAUAGGAAUUACAUUAGGAGGCUUGACAUCAAUGGCACCUCAACGGAAGAGUGAAAUGUCCAAGACUGUGAUCAGUGCCCUCUUCACAGGGGCCUGUGUAUCCCUUAUCAGUGCAUGUGUGGCAGGAAUCCUCUAUGUCCCUAGGGGAGCUGAAGCUGACUGUGUCUCCUUCUUAAACACAAGUUUCACCAAUAGAACCUACGAGACCUACGUGUGCUGCAGAGGGCUCUUUCAGAGUACUUUCCUGAAUGGCACCAACCCUCCUUCUUUUUCUGGUCCCUGGGAAGACAAGGAGUUCAGUGCCACGGCCCUUGCUAACUGCUGUGGACUCUACACCAACGCCAUCUGUGCCUAA